AUGGCACAUAGUUUUUUGCAUUCAUCAAAUAGAUCUUCAAAUAAAAAAUACAAAUUUUACAAAUUUCAAUAUGAAACUUCGUCAAAUAUCAAAGUAUUUCAUGGGUAUUUAAAUCCAUCAUGGAAUUAUUCUAUCAUAUCAUUAAAUAGAUUAUCAGACCACGGAUUAGACAUUUCUAGAAUUAAACUUAAACCAAUAACAAGUUAUACUAUUACAAGAGAUAAUAAAUUGAAAAAUAUUGUUGGUAUUUGUGAAUUAUCGAUUAUAUUUGAGAACAAUGGUGUUCGAGAGAGAAAUGAUGGAAGUAUUGGUGGAUCUACUUAUUCGUAUAAUUAUGAAAAAGUUGAAAAGAAAAUAAGAGAAGUUUUGGUAUUGAAAGAAUCUAAUGUGGAAUUUAGAUUAGGAAAUGAUUUUAUUAAUGAUUAUAAUAUUGAUAUUGAACCUAAUAUUAAAGGGAAGUUUACUCAUCAAUUGAGAUUUGAAGAUGGCGUUACUGUGGGUUUAAAAGUGACUGAAACUGAUGUAGAACGUGACGAGGAAAUGAGUGAUGAAGAUUAUGUCAAUGAGAACAAUAAAAGCACAGACGACAAGAUUAAAGAGAAUUCAGAGCACAUAUUUAAAAAUUCUUUGUUCAAAUUGAUUUCUCGAAUAGGAUUAUCUAACCUUUUCAUUCUAUUUCUAAUUUCGACAAUUUUAAUUUUGUAUAAUUUUGAUACUAAGUCUCAAUCAUUAGUUGAGGAAUUACUUAUUAUACCUUACAAAUUGCCUGAACCUGGGAUACAAAAUCAACUUGAAAGCUAUGCAAGAAAAUUAAAAACCACCACAUCAUUUUUUGAAUUAUACGAACUGAAUCAACAUCAAAUUCCGUCAAAUGAAACAUCAAAAACACAAAAAGAAGAGGAAAAACGAGGACAAGAGUUAUACUCGCAUCUAGUAGAAUUUACGACAAGCGUAGAUAAUACAUCAAGAAUGUUAUUGGAUAUGUAUUAUCAAGAAUCAUCGUACCUUUGGUUAUUUCAGCAAAAUAUUAAAAGAUUAUUAAAAUAUUUUCCGUUAAAAAAAGGAUCUAGUUUUCUCUUGAUAGUACUUAUUACAGGAGGAAGUGAUUAUUUUCCAUUAACAAACAAUUUCGACGAAUUAAUCGAUGAUAUUGAUGAAGUUAUUAUUAAUAAUAUUGAUUCAGUAAUGAGAGAAGUGGACAAAGCACAAAAUUACCAUGAUGCGAUUAUUCUUCAAAUAGAAAAAAUGAAAAUCGAAUUAGAAAAAUUUAUUAUAGACAGUAGUAAACCAUUUUCUUCUUGGUUAAAUGCUUUAAUAAGAUUUGCUAAGAUAAAAGGUGGAAAAAUUGAUAAUUUAGGCGAAGUAGAUUAUGACACGGCUUUAAAGGUUGAAAAAUUAUUAAUAGCUUUAAACAUUGAUUUAUUUGAAAUUUCGACUUUUUUUACAUUUUUAAAAGUUUAUUUAGACAAUCAUUUAAAUGAUUUAUUGUUAUUUUCUGAACAUUUUAGGAUAACUAAAAUUACAAAGAAAAUAACUGAAUCUGAAAUUAAUGUAAUUCAAAAACAUUUAGACAAAUUACAAAAUAAUCAUAAAGCUAUAUUUGAUACCAUUUUGGCGACGGUGGACAAUGAUAGUGAUAAUGAAUCUUUGGUUGGGUGUAGAAUUAAAAAAAAAAUUAAUCAAAGCAUAUUCGAAUGUAGUGAUUAA